AUGAUUGAAGAUUUUCUGAUCUACACCACCCACCUGACCCACAUCCCAAACUAUCCUGGAUCUGUCAUCGUGAGAACCAAUGGUGCUGUUGUUCCCAUUGAAUGUCGUUAUUUGAGGAAGGGCAAUGUGAGCAGCAAUCCCAUCAAUCCCACCUGGAUCCCAUUCAGCUCCACCAGGUCUGGAGAAGGGCAUCUGACAUUCUCCCUGCGUCUAAUGAAUGGUGAUUGGCUUACAGAGCGCACUUCCACUGUCUACUACCUGGGAGAACUCAUUCACAUUGAGGCAUCUGUUUCACUGGCCAACCAUGUGUCCCUGAAGCUGUACAUUGAUCGCUGUGUAGCUACACUGAGCCCAGACAAGGACUCCACCCUGAGAUACAGCAUCAUUGACUACAAUGGUUGCCUCCUGGACAGCAAAGCUGAGGACUCCUUUUCAACCUUUGUGUUGCCAAGAGAUGGGCGGGAGCCAGACAAGCUCCAGUUUGACCUGGAUGCCUUCCGUUUCUAUGGAGAUGAGAGAUCCUUGAUAUUCAUCACCUGUCACCUGAGAGUUGCUGCAGUGGAUCAGGGAGAUUCCAGGAACAAAGCUUGUACUUUCCAGAAGCUGGAGCGUAUCUGGAGGCCAUUGGAGGGGUCAGACAGCGACAUUUGUGCCUGUUGCCAUGUGGGGAAUUGUGGAAGCCCAAGGGAGAUCCUGUUUCCUUCCAGAAGAAGGAGAGACCUUGGCCCUGAAGCUGAGAGUGAAGCUGGAUUGGAGUGGGAGGGAGAGGCCUCACUUGGCCCCCUGAUCAUUCUGGAUACUGAGCUGACUAACCUGGCAACACAGCCCCUGACUGAGGGUGAUGGAAUGAUGCAGGAGAGGUCUCCAAGUGUUGCCUCCUGGACAGCAAAGCUGAGGACUCCUUUUCAACCUCCGUUUUGUUGGGAGCCGGACAAGCUCCGGUUUGAGCUGGAUGCUUUCCGUUUCCAUGGAGAUGAGCGAUCCUUGAUGUUCAUCACCUGUCACCUGAGAGUUGCUGCAGUGGAUCAGGGAGAUUCCAGGAACAAAGCUUGUACUUUCCAGAAGCUGGAGCAUAUCUGGAGGCCAUUGGAGGGGUCAGACAGUGACAUUUGUGCCUGUUGCCAUGUGGGGAAUUGUGGGAGCACAAGGAGCUCCUGUUUACCUCCAGAAGGAAAGACAUUGGCCCUGAAGCUGGUAGGACAUUGA